AUGAUCAAUACCGACAACCUGCGCGAGGUGCUAGACACCGACAUCACGACUCCGAUCCCGGAGGCCACCGUCGCCAAGAUCAUCUCGCUGCCGCCCUUCAUCACAGUCCCCGGCGUGUCGAAUUUUCGCGAUCUUGGCCAUAAUAAUACCCUCCGGGCGGGCUAUGUCUACCGCUCCGGGAAUAUGUCUGACAUCACAGAGACCGGCAAGAUCAUCUUGACAAAUAAAUUGGGCAUCACGACGAUAUUUGAUUUGCGGAAUCAAGGCGAGAGAGAACGGGCGCCGAGUCCCGAGAUCGAUGGAGUCGAAACCAUAUGGAUGCCUUACGGCGCGCGACCGGCGUCAUUGAAUCUUCGCGAUUUCGCCGGCGAGGAAAAUUGCGCGGCCGGUUUUGUUAAGAUGUAUAUGGGGAUCCUCGAGGCGGCGACACCUGCCUUUGGCCAGGUGUUCCGUCAUAUCCGAGAUCAGCUUGAUGAUCCGUUUAUCUUCCACUGUUCAGCCGGCAAAGACCGCACUGGAGUCCUCGCCGCAUUGAUAUUGCUCUUGGUUGGACGAUCCCAUGGAGAUGUAAUUAAUGACUAUAUCCUCACGCGCAUUGGAUUGGAGAGCGUGCGGGAGAACCUGACACAGGCACUAGCAUUGAAUAUGGGCACUGAACACCUCACUCCCGAAGCGAUCGGCAUGCUGAAACUCAGUGGCGUGCGGGCACACGCCAUGGCCGCUUUUCUGAAGAUGUUCGAGAACACCUACCAAGGGGGCGUCGAGGAAUAUCUGACGACUAAACUUGGAUUCUCGACUGAGGAUGUGCAGCAGAUGCGCCAGAAUCUGACGGAAUGA